UAACUUUGCUUCAGCUGGACUCCGUCCCAGAACUAGGACAGGUACUAGACAACCGAUGGCUUCCCUCCCAGAUGAUUCAGUAAAUCACAGCUUCCAAGAGAGUGUGAAUGAAGUAGAUGCUCUAUCUUUCGUCAGCCGCGUGCAAGCAUCUCCAAUUGGGGAAGCCGUUGACGAUCUGGAGAGAGUGGUCGAAGAAAUGAAGGAACAUGGAUUGAAUUAUGGAGAGUUCAUGUCAGCUAUCUGUGAGGAAAUAUUACGUCUUGAACAACCAACGGCGCAGGAGGAGCGAGCAAACGAAGAUGUAUUAUUAUUUGGGCGAAGUUUCAGCAAGAUCACUCGUCCAGACUCGUCGAUUGUUGAGAAUCCCCAAGAACAAGCAGCGCAUGCACUCGCCCAUCUUCAAGCAACUGUGAACAAACUCUGUGAAAGUGAACUGUUCACUCCGUUUCCGCCUGCAUUCCGCGGCCCACCACCAACAUAUAGCCCAGGAGAUGGAUUUGACAGUAGUGGAAGUUCAGGGAGGGUUCAAGGUGGUGGAGGAAUCUCCGGACCAUCUGAAUUGGACACGAUAAACUUGGCAAAACUGUUGGAGGAAUGCGCGGCGCCUCCCUCCUUGUUGACGCGACUGCCGUCCGAUUCCACAUCCGGAUUAGGCAUUCCACAAUCCCCUACCUCGGUUAGUACUACGCAACAAUCCUAUAUGACGACUGGCAGUCCGGAGAGCGCGGGAGCGACUGACACAACUCGAGCUUAACAUAACAUGGCUUUGGGCGAAAGCUGGGCUCAGGGCGAAAGCUGCGAUGUGUCAUGCGCCUUCGACAAAGACUUGUGUUUUCUCGUCAUAUGUUAACGGCGCUUGCGACGUUUCGGUACUCUGCAUUCAUGACCUCCAACUGCACAAUAUUUUUUUUAUAUUCCAAUACAGACUUCCAGCAACAGGGGUAAUUGUUCAAGGCGCUUGUGAUG